GUACGGUUUCUACAACUUCUGGAACUCGACCACCCGGAAUAUCUGACAUGCCGCUUCUGUGGCCUUCUGUAUCGCUGGCGGAAGAUGGAGUUCUUCCAGUACGAUUGUCCGCGUACCCGCUACCACACGCACGCAGAUGUACUACUAUCAUACGGUCAUUUUAUCCUUGUGGGAGACAAGAAAUGUGUUCGGAUGAGGCAGGAAGUGGUCGACCUGAUCUUGCGAGCCUAUGAGCAUGGCCCCGGUCACGGCUUGCCUGCAUCAUUCUUGACCAUGAGCGGUCAGGAUCGCCAUGGCGUUUCUCAAACGCAUGAGGCACGCCUGGUGAAUGGUUAACUUAUACUGGCCAGUCGAACGGAGGUGGAGGCGGAGGCGGAGGCGGAGUCGGAAGGAGAAUUGGCGGUAAUGGGCCGCCUCUUCCUCUACAAUGCGUGCCUGCAUCUACGUGUCAUUGUAGGGAUCAUCGAAAAGCAAUGGAAGACCUUCGAACAAGCCGUCACAAGCAUGACCGUAGGCUCAGAGAAGUCCGAGGUGUUCAAGUGCCCCUUCUGCGAGACUGAUCACCAAGUACACGUGAAGAAGAGCGAGGGAAUCGGACAAGGAUCGUCCUGAAUGUUUGGAGAAACUACGGACGAAGAAACGGGAACGGGCUGCCGAAUGAGCAGAUCUUCAUCGAGAUCCUGUGUUGCACCUUGAUGCCGAUACACUCUCGCAGAGGGAUGUACGAGCGGCUUUUGAGUCUGGA